AGCACAACAUGUUUUCUGAUAAAUCAGGAGUCUCGCUGCAGACUUUGCUUCUUAUCACGACUGUCGCCUUUGUUUCAGGAAUCAAGACAUUUACUGUUACCCCUGACAAGGACACCACCAUCUACAUCAACAGCACUAAAGCCAGCAGUUGCAAAGUGCGCAAAUGUGUCCCGGGCAGCAAACUAAAUCGACAUUGUGACAGAAUCUUCACUCUGAAUAAAAACACCCGCGUGACAAUAGAGUUUGACUGCCCCAGGCCUGAAGAAGAAUUCACUGUGGAAAUUGUGCGCAACAUAGCAUGCACCUCGACGUUGUGUGGCCGCAUCAUCCAGUCUGAUGGUGGAUCCUCAGGAUUACUGGAUUUUCCUCGCAUAUUCACUUGGAAAAUUAAGGCUUAUCCACAGAAAUCGUUUCAGAUAAAUUUUGCUGAGACAGGUCUGAAACAGAUCGCUCCAACGGACAGCUGUAACGAUAAACACACCUACACUCUCAGAGCAGCAGACGUUCUUCUAGGAAAAUACUGCUUAUCUGGACCCAUCAGUAAAGCUCAGAUCCUGAAUCAGGGCAGCUUCUCUCUGGAUCUCCCAGCAGGCCAGAGGCUCAGACCUGGCCGGUUUGAUGUGUCUGUAGUGGCAAAAAUUCAUACCAGUGCAAACAUUUCAGUCACAUUACAAGAAGGAUCGUUGUCCUCAACAUUAAUGUCACCAAACUACCCAAGAAGUUUUCCUGAUAAUGACGUGAUGGAGUGGUACUUUCAGGUCCCCAGUAAACACAAGGCAGCCAUUAAGUUACUGAACCUGAAGCUGCCGACUUGUUUAAAGGAUCAGACAGGACUAGAGUACAGCAGCAGAGGAAAAACGCAGGUUGUUCGCCUGGAUAAGGUCCAGCCGGAACAGAAUGAGGGGAGCUUCUCACUCAGGCUGAGGAACUGUAAGAUGGACACAACACGUUCUGGUUCUGUUGGGCUCUCCGUCAAAUUCAAUGUAUCUGCGUAUCAAGGAUUCAAAACAUUUACUGUUACCCCUGACCAGGACACCACCAUCCACAUCAACAGCACUGAAGCCAGCAGUUGCAAAGUGUGCAAAAGAGUCCCGGGCAGCGAACUAAAUCGACAUUGUGACAGAAUCUUCACCCUGAAUAAAAACACUCGCGUGACAAUAGAGUUUGACUGCCCCAGGCCUGAAGAAGAAUUCACUGUGGAAAUUAUGCGCAACAUAGGUAAAACUAAUGUCAACUAA